AUGUCCGAAAACGACACCAACAAACCCCAAGAUAUACGUCGUGCGGGUUCAUCGCCGCAACCGGCACCACCGUCUCGAUUGCCACUGUCACGACCGACUGUGGAUCCGCUGCAAAGUGCUAUCUCGUCGCCUGACCAGCUCGAACAACACAUGUCUGCGCCCAGCAUUUCGUUUCCAGCGCAGUUUCCAACCCGAAACACCAGCAUCCUUGGAGUGUCUCCAGACGAUCCGCGGCUAAGCUGCCCGGUGGCACUAGACGAGGUUCAGACCGGAGCCCCAGGGAAAAAUAAGCGCAACACUUUUGCUUGCAUCAACUGUCAUACACAGAAAGCCAAAUGCGUUCCGUCAGACGUCAAAGAUAUAUACGGGAAGAGCUGUGUGCGGUGCGCUCGCCGUAACAAACACUGCACAUUUGAUUUAUCGCGCAGAACACGGCGCCGUCGUCGCGAAAGUGACCAGACCACGGACCUCGAUGUACCAACUUCUGCAACUGGUGCCGCUUUGACCACGGCUACUCACAAAUCCAACACUUCGCUGCCGCGGUUUGCGCAUAGCCCCCACCUCCCGACAGGCAGCAGUAACAGCGGGAUCGUCACAGACAGCAGCUCGUUUUUCAGUACUCAACCACCCGUAGCAGCCUCAGGGUCACCCGAGGCUUCCGGCGUUGGUAGCACACCUAUGUCCAAACCGCGAGGUCUUUCUACUCAGCAUAGCGGUAGAUUUUACAGCUCCGUGCCGCCACCAAUGAGCCUUGAAUCAAAUUUCUUUCCUUCAACGCUUCCUUGCUGGCCUCAAAACAGAAUCAAUUCCCCCACGGCCGCUACAGCCGCUACGCCUUUCUCGCAGGUGCCAUCGAGCCAUUCAAAACCUACUGGACCCUCAAAGGCUCCUCCACAUGGUAUACAGUCCUUCGAAAAUCUGCAUGAGGAACUGCAGUCACUUUUGUCUUCGCAACUCGAGAACUUUCAUGGUGUUACAGAGGGUCUCUCCCGACUGUCAGAAAAAUGGAACGACACACUUGAACAGAGUGUCGGGGUACCCCUGGCGCUUGAUCCAAUAACUCUUGGGAUUAUCAGCAAAGAGCAAGCUCAGCGUCGCCUCGGCCUUUACCGAUACGAAAUCUCCAAUAAAUACAGGUUUCCCUUUGUUAAAAUACCUGCCGAGCAAACUUUGGAUGAGUUACGAGAACACGAACCGAUCUUGUUUGCAACUAUCAUGUCAGUUGUGUCCGCUAUUCUGAAGGGUGACGAAUUUAAUGAGGAGCAGAAUAUGAGACUCGAUAAUUUCACUUUAGGUCUAAUCUCUCACCACAUGACGCGACUUGGGGCCAAAAAUUUGGAACUGCUUAAGUCACUGCUAACUUUAUGCCUAUGGUAUAACUUCCCAGAGUGGUCUAACAAGACUAGGUUCCAUUUUUUCAAUUAUUACUGUUGCUGUCUCAUCAAGGACCUGAUUCCAUCGCGGAAACCGCAGCUUUUCGCUUUGAUACAAAAUACCAAGUACCCCACUGACGAUGAGGCAGCUGCCAUCGACGAUUUCUUAAUACAAAAUGAAAGUUAUUCCCGCCUGGUGAUUAUAGUGUAUGUGUCGGCAUUGAAUAUCAAUAUUUUCUUGCGACAGCCUAUACAAAACAGGUGGGGUCUGUUACAAGAGCGUGCCAUUAGGCUUAUGUCUUUAUUUGAUUCAGGACCUGUCUCAAGCUAUGAGCGUGAAGAAGAUGAGAUUCUUUUAACAUUUGCCAGAUUAAAUCAUAUUUUGGAGGUAAUUCAUGUUAGGUUGCAUGAAGCAGAUGAAGACCCAUCGGAUCAACAUGAAGGUCUCGCUUCACCUGUACAGAGCAGAUUACUCCUAACUUUACAGCAGGACCUGAUGAAUAUUUUCCAAAGGAUCCCUUCCGAGAGAACAAGAGUUCUUGCCUUUUACCACUCCGUCGAGGCUUACUUGCAUGAGUGGCCCUUUUCCAGAUAUUUGUCAAACAUCCCAGACCCUUUGACGAUAAGCAAAAUUCCCGAGGUUGUUUCCCAGUCUUUUCACAAACUCACCUUAUCUUGCAUCAACGCCAUGCAUGAGUUUCUCAAACUGUCACCCGAAUUGAUCGCUUCUCUCCCACUUUUCCAUACUUCCAGAGUCAUUUACACUGUUGGCAUGCUGCUGUUGAGGGUGAGAUACACCACCAUUACGGUGCCGGCAUUUGCGUAUCUGAGAGAGAUGACUCAGCCCGCUAUUUCGCUUAUCAGAAGAACGUCGCAGUCACUGGACGAAAGUGCAAGGUUGUAUCCGUAUAAUAACUUCUUGUCCAAAUUGCGCUACGUCGUGGCCCUGUUUGUUCAGAUAUAUGCAAAUAAGAUCAAGGCGUUUCUCACCACAAAGAAACCUGAUUUAGAAGGCUUGUCACAAUCUUAUAUCGACAAUGACCAAGUCUUGAUAGCCUCAGCACAACAUCGAAGCUCCUUGCCAAUGCUACUCAAUCCUGCAUCACCUCCGCGCAUCAACACGCCAGAUAAAAAUAAUACUAAUAAUACUAAUGUGACUGUUCCAACCAAUGAAACUGCCGGUACGGACGCAGAAAAUGCUAGCAAACUGAUGGACGCAUUAUCUUUUCAAAUGGCCGACGUCACCACGCUCGAAAAUGGGUUCAACACUUUACUAGGCGAAUUUUGGAGCGAUAUCUUUUGA